CGCGUUUGGAGGAGAGUCUUGGCGGCCAAGUUGCCAGGGAAAAGGUUUCUGCAGGAGUCCCCGCAAACGAUGUCAUCGAUGCCUGCGACCCAAGGAGGAGCUCUUCUCCUUUUUGGACUGGAUUCUUGUCUUGACUUGACUGUGGAGGCCAUUUCAAAAGCCAUUCAUUCGUUCAUUUUUCUAUCUCCCUAGUGUACUCCUUUCGGCUUUUUGAUUAUUUCCAACUCCCAUCCAUUCUUGAUUGCUCGUUUAACCUCCAACUGGCGGUGGUGGAGUGAUGCGACCAGUACCAUGAUAAUGCUCGUGGCCCAAGUCCAUCGACCUGUUUGACCAUACCACUAGCUCUGUGUAUACCGAAGACGACAAUCUCAAGGCAUACUUCAUCACAAGCACACGAUCCUCCAUGGAGACUUCCAACGGCAUUUCCCUCGUGGACAACACGGCCCCCUCACAGCAACCCACUAUCGGCGAAUCCUCCCAACAGCCCUCUGCACCUGAUCGCCAAUCCAGCUUAACAAAACACCUCAGCCGAGCAUCCGUAUCAGGCCAACUUGCUAAGAGGAAAUAUGCCAAAUGGCAACCGGAGAGACUCGGCCUCACGUCCGACACGGAGCAGUCGUUGAGCAGAGAAUCGUCGCGGGCACGAAGGUCAACCUCGGCAGCAAGCUCCGGAGGUCCUACAAGUCGACAAUCCUCACGUCAGAGGAAUGGCACAUUCAACGGUUCAGGUGCAGGCGCCUCGGCAAUCGACACGACCGACUUUGCGCCCUUGCAAACCCAAACCAUUACCACCGAGGGUCUCAACCAAGCACCCACCACCACCGAUGAACCCAAGAUUCUCUCCGAACUAGACAUUCUGUACGAAAACCAGCGCGGCUGGUUCUUCUUCGGCAUCCCUCAUUACUCACAUAGCUCCCUCCUUAACUUCGACCCCUCCGCCUGGAUGACGCAAGACAAACGCCCCAGCGCCGUAAAUGUCACUAAUGCACAAGUCCCAGACCCCAGCUGGGAAUGGGCCUGGCGCACCUGGUACGUCGACAUGUCCGGUGAUGUCGAUGAGCAGGGCUGGCAGUAUUCCUUUUCAUUUUCUUCGUCUCAAUGGCACGGCACGCACCCCUUGUUCCACUCUUUCGUCCGCCGACGUCGCUGGGUGCGUCUUCGGACGAAGAUCACCGAGAGACGGCACCGUGGCCGUUCGGAAUUUGAGAGAGCGCAUAUGCUGAAUGAGGAUUAUUUCACCAUUCAUUCAUCCAAGGUGCGCAGUCGUGAACAGAGCGUGGCCGGGUUGUCGCGGGUGGAGUCGGGCUUUAUAAGCCGCGUUGGCUCGAAGGUGGAAGAGGAGGCGCAUAUGGAGGAAAUAGGGGAUAUCCCCAGUCUUUUACAUGCGUUGAAGCAGACGUCCAUCGAUCGAGAAAGGAUCGAUGCGUUGAAGAAGUUUGUUGAGGAGGGUGGUGAGGAGUUAUAUUACUUGAACGACAAGAUCCAGGAGAUCAUGCCAAUGUUCCUCUUCCAAGCUUCCCGCUGGCAGUUUAUCUCCUAUCUCACAAAAACAAUCGACGAUCUCACCCAACAACUCUCCGACCCGAACAUUGAAGACAAAGAUAAGAUUCAGCGCAAACGAGACAAUCUUGUUCGUGCAGCCGAGUCCGGCAAAAGUCAUAUCACGGGCCCAGAUGUCUGCGCGGAUAGUUAUGGCGAAUCGCCGACGGGUCUACUCGAUUUGACUCCUGUAUCAAGACAUGACACUUUAUUGUCGAAACGUGCCCAGAUGGUCGAUGAGCCGUUGCAUGUUCUGAAGACGAAGGAGAUUAAGGGCAUUCCGAAGGCGGCAGAGGUUGGCCGGGAAAUUCAUAUUUAUUAAUGCUGUCCUUUUUCCUGUGGAAGGGAAGAAGUGUAUUGCUUAGGCUACUGCUAUUCAGCGCUCUCAUUGCAUUAUAAUGAAUCAAUAUUACACCACGGCCCGAGAUUGACGCUAGUGUGUGGAAAGCCAUUCCAUGGGAUGUUAAAGGUUCAGUAUUCCUAGGAGUAGGUAGCCAGCCUUUUAUAUUUCCUCACGAUACCUAAACAUCAAGUUACAGC